AAUCACAGCUGUGACAGCCGGCUCGGUUUAUGUUGCAGCAUGCAGCACGUAGCACAACCUACUGGGGUCCACAGCAAAACACACAACAGGAGCAGUUUUCACUGCUUAUUGUGUUGUUGUGUUCAGAGCACAGGCAGCUGAACGACUGAUAGUCCUGUCCUCUGCCCCCCCUCCCCCUCCCUUGGUCCCAGAUGUUUCUGUAUACUAAUGUGAUGUUAAAGUGUAAAUCAAUGGUCUGCUCAGCCGGCUCAGUCCCCUGAAACGCUGCCUUGCAGCUCCCCCUGCAGCUCAGCCCAAACCACACAGUGACAGACGGGGUUUGUAGCAACUUCCUCUAGAAGUAAAAGAAGUCGACAUUGUUAAAGAUCUUUAUGCAUCUGGAGUCAUUGUCGUUCCCGUUAGUCUUGAGACAUACUGUAUUGUAGUAGAUCUGUCACGUGCAUGUAUAUGGGCUCUUACAAGAGACUCAAGUCACACAACAUUUUUUCCUCUAUUAUCAACCUCCAGGGAAAAGAGGGAGGAGCAACAGUCCAAAAUGAUCUCAGGUGCCCGUAACCCCCAAUCACCACGGAUGACCACGGUUUGCCAACACUACCUGGCACUGACUGUGAAACGUGUCAACCAUGCGAGAGAAGAGGCAGUCACUGAUCAGCAACAGUUCAAUCAGUAAAGUUGAUGAAAUUAAACUUGGUUUCCUCCAAGACCAGAGACAUCUCUGAUGACACUGAGCUGACACGGCAGAUUACAUCCCAUAAUAAACAAAGAUGAAGUUUUAUAUUAAUGGACAAAGCAAAAUUCAUUGUUUUAGAAUAUGAGUUCAGUCUUUCUGACCUUUUCAUUUUUGCUCUGGUUGGAUGAACAAAAACUGCUACUGCCUUUUAACCAGCUCUUCAAAUGAGGCGAGUGGAAAACAGUGUGACAGACUCUCACUGUGUUUACAUGUAAAAAAAAAAAAAAAAAGGAUUAUUAUUAGCCUUAAUGACACCAGACUAUAAAAAUGUACUUUAUCUUCACUAAAGUCAGGCUUAAUCAUUUCAAUUUCCUACAUAAGAAUCCUGAGCGGCUGCAUUCGACUGAGCUGAUUAUGGUUCUGCUUCUUUGCACACGUUUCACAGCGUUUGUCUGGGUGUUGAACAGAGUUAAAGUUAGACAGGAAGUCCAACAGAUGAGGAAGAAGCUGCAGCCGGCAGAUGAAAAAAGAAAAAGGAAGCCCAAGGGGCUGAAAACUGUUCUACAUGUAUGAGAAUUAGAUCCGUUUAAAGUCCAUUAGAUUCAAACCUGCAGAAGCAGACUUACUUUGGCCAAUAAGUCAACCCUCCUCCUGUUUGUAAAUUGGAACAUUUGAAUGACAAAUCAUCCGUAGCCCGUCUUAACUAUACAUGUAAAUGCCUUGUAAAGUUUUGUAAAUCAUUGUUUAAUCGUCCAAUUUUAUAGUAUAAACAUGUUUUGUGUAAACUAUUGUUCUUUAUGUCUGUUUUCUUUUUUUUUUUAUUAAUAACUUUACAGUUUUGUGUCCGUUCUCUAGAACUUGUGUUUCCUGGUUUAGCUUGAAGAAUGUCAUUUUCAAAUAAAUAUGACCUUAAAACAGGAUUGAGUACCUUCAUUGAUGUUAUUCUGCAUUGUUAUUGAUUCUAUUAUACAACAGGUUUGUAUCAGCCCUUAAAAGGAUUGAUAUGAUUCUUUAAAAAUAUAUACUGUUGGUUGACUUUUUUUUUUCUAACCACUUCCUAUUCACUUGAAGUAGGAAGUUGCUUUAAUGGCGUGAGGAUGGCUCGCUUUGCUUUUCUACUUUCAGUUUUUCUGCUGUUUUCAUUUCAAAUACAAGGAUCCAGACCGGCAACUCCAGUGUUUGUGCAGACAGGAGGGGAUGUACUUCUGGACGUCGUGGAAGUUGGUGGUUCUGAGGAAUGUGACCUUGUUAAUUGGAAAUUCAAUAAAACCAUUUUAGUACGUUUUCUGUGUAGUUCAGGUUCACAAUCAAAACCUUCUGUUGAGGAUCCACGGAUUGAGUUCUUUACAAGAAAUUACACUAUGAAAAUAAAAAAUCUACGAGAGUCAGACAGCGGCAUUUAUACUGCAAGGAAAAUAGGGAGAGAAGAAAAAAUGCUAGCGGAAUACAAAGUCACAGUUCAAGAUGCCGUAUCUCCCGCUGAGCUGACAGUGGGGUCCGUCCUCAACAGCUCAACUUCCUGUAACCUCACUGUGACCUGCAGCACCGGACCGUCUAAGAUCAGCAGCACCGUUAGAUGUGACACUGAGACCUGCAGUCAGGAGGGAGGAGAGCAACCGCUGAUAACAAAACAUGGGGAUUCUCUUCUUGUCUACCUGUCCAACAAAUCGAUCAUCUGUAACCAUAGCAACCAUGUCAGCUGGCUUAAUGACACGAGGCACAUUCAGCAUCUUUGUCCCCAUCUUAGCGGUUCUGGUGGAAUCUCCUAUCUUGUGUGGGUGAUUGUUGGUGCUGUUCUCUUCAUUCUCAUCAUUCUCAUCAUUCUCAUCAUUCUCGUCAUUCUCGUCCGUCUUAAACGUGAAAAAAAAUUUUCAGUUAACGGCGACGAGAAUACGACUGAGAAUACAGUUUACGCGUCCCCUGCGGUUGAAAUGGCCCAAGUUCAGGAUCCGGGGUCGACAAAUGAAGCUUCUCCAAACACCAUCUACAGUGCUUUAGCGGGACCGUCCACUGAAAACAAGCCUCUGCCACAGAGCCUGUACGCAGCUAUAGAGAAGAGCCCCAAGCCGUGAAAAACAUCUGCAGGAAGAAGUCCCAGCACUGUUUAUCAGCCGCUUGCCCCUUUGUAUGGUAUCAAAGUUAAUGGUUUUAAUCUGGAGGGCUGCAGGUCCAGACGAACAUGCAGAGUCUUUAAUGUCUGUGCACACCAACAGUGUGGGAUUCUGAAGAACGUCUUCAACCUCAGUCUGAGAAGAACCACAGAAAUCCAUCUGGGCUUAAACAUCACGGCAGUCCUGGAGACAUUAUAGAUGCUUAUCAAAUCAAAUCAAAACAAACUUUAUUUAUAAAGCACUUUUCAUACAAUAAUCACAGAAAGUGCUUUACAAAAUAAAAUGAACAUUUAACAUUUACAGUAGUCUACUUACAGAGAACUAGAAAUAAAAGCAUGCAUCAACACCUCUGCGCUGGCAAGAGAGAGAAAUGGACGGACUCAGGCGAUGUUUUUAAGAUGAAAGUUUUAUAGUUUUGUGUCUUGGUUACAUUUCUAAUAUGUGAAACAAAAUCCAAAUCAGAGUCAAAAAGAACGCCUAGAUUUCUCACACACUUAGAAGAUUUAAAAUGUUGCAUUUUUGUUAAAAUGAUCUCUCUCUUGUUUUCAGGAACGAUAAUUAGGACUUCAGUUUGGUCCUGGUUAAGCUAUAAAAAGUUAUCUGCCAUCCAUUACUUAAUCUCUAAAAUAACAUUAAUUGCUUCUAUGUCAUCAGAAGACACAGCAAUGUAAACUUGUGUAUCAUCAGUAUAGCAGUGAAAAUCAACGGCAUGUCUCCUGAUGACAUCCCCAAGUGGCAACAUGUAUACAUUAAAAAGUAAUGGGUCUAAAAUUGAUCCUUGGGGAACCCCAUACUUUACUUUAUGGAAUCUCGAGGAGCAUGUAUCCAUACUUACAAAAAAUCGUUGAUCAGUGAGAUAGGAGUGAAACCAUUCUAAAACAGUGCCAGAGACACCCACCAGACUACUAAGUCUACCGGUAUUUAAUAAAAUGUGAUUUUUGUCUGUAUCAAAAGCCCCCGUUAGAUCCAGUAGUACCAGGAUUGAAAGCUUCCGUGAAUCCAUAUUGCAUCUGAGAUCAUUAACAAUCUUUAAAAGGGCUGUCUCUGUGCUGUGGUUUGUCCUAAAACCAGACUGAUAUUUCACAAAAAAAUUUUAUUUUCCAAAAAAUGUAUUUAAUUAGAUAAAAACUAUUUUUUUGUAUGAUUUUACUUAGGAAUGUUAAGGUCGGUAGUUAUCAAGGACUUGUGAUCUAAAUUGCUCUUCUUCAGAAGGGGCCUCACCACUGCUGUUUUACAGGCAGCAGGGAAAAUGCCUGUCUGAAGAGAGCAAUUCACGAUGUUUAGUAUCUAUGUUUACUCAAAGAAACCAUAAAAUGGUUUUAAAAGUGAUGUGGCAAUGAGAUCUAAAAGGCAGGUUGUUGGAUUUAGUUGAGAGAAAACUAGACCAUGCAUCUUUGCAUCAACCAGGACAAAACUCUCCAGUGUUACCUCAGGUAAAAGCAACAUUUCAGAUCUGUUAAAAUCAAUAUUUUGUUUGGAUAAAAGGCUGGACCUAAUAGCAUUGAUCUUGAUCAAUGAUUGAUCAGAUGCUGGUGUGGAAGAAUUGUUAAAAUCUGUGUUUAUUAAAAGAUUGACUGUUUUAAAAAGGAAUUUAGGAUUAUUUUGAUAGUUUUUAUAUAUUUUUUAAAUUAUAGGUUUUAUUAUUUUUAGUUUUAAAAAGGGGGAUCGGAGAGUGUGCUCAAACUAUAGGGGGAUCACACUUCUCAGCCUCCCCGGAAAAGUCUACGCCAGGGUAAUGGAGAGGAGAAUACAGCUGAUAGUUGAACCUCGGAUUCAGGAGGAACAAUGCGGUUUUCGUCCCGAUCGUGGAACACUGGACCAGCUCUACACCCUCCGCAGGGUGCUCGAGGGUUCAUGGGAGUUUGCCCAACAAGUCUACAUGUGUUUUGUGGAUAAGGAGAAGGCAUUUGACCGUGUCCCUCGUGCUAUUCUGUGGGGGCGUUCAGUGAGUAUGGAUUCCGGGGCCCUCUAUUAAAGGGACAUAUUAUGGCAUUUAAUGUAUAUUUUAAACAGGCCUUGAAUGUCUUAAAAACAAUCUAAAGCUUGUUUUUUCUACAUAAAUCAGAAAUUCAGCCUGUGAGCCGUGUCUAUAGUUUUACCGCUUCAAACCCCUUUUUCUGUGCUCCAUUCUAAGGGGAAGGGGGGGGUAUGAUAAUGAGGCUCUGCGCUGAUUGGCUGCUUGAAUGACGUGUAGCAGGGGAGGAGACAAAGCGUCGCUCCGGGGAGAAGAGCAGCUGCUGCGUAGCAAAGAGUGUCCACGGUUCUGCGUUAAAUCGACGCGUACCUACGCCGUAGGCGCUGCGUUGGUGUAACGCAGAACCAUAAAUCAGCCUUUAGUCACCUUGUCUUCACACAGGAAGAUUGAAUUUAAUUCUAAACAAGGACACCACGGUUAUUUACUCCGAUUCCUCAUCAUUUCACUUCUUAUGUUACAAGACAAAUGAAUCAUGUAACGGUAAAGAAAUCACAACACUGAAUUUUCACAAAUGGCAACUUUAUUGUUAAAAUAUAUAAAUAAAAUGUAUGCACUAUUGCUGGCUCAAGGAAGGACCGCGCGUCUUCUGAAUGUGAACAGCUCCAGGUACUUGAAAGAUCUGAAACCACAGAUGAAAAAUGUAUUACGGUACUAAUAGAGCCCUGAGCCCGGGGGAGCCGGCCCGCCGGAGCCGGUGGGUUCGGAUCUCCGGGCUCGGAACUCCGGGUUCGGAACUCCGAACCCGGAGUUCCUCGACGGUCCGGUCCGUGAGCAGCUCCGACAGCUCCGUAUGCAGCGCCGGGGCUCCGGAGCUAAGCUAAAUACUUAGCCCAUGCAAAGAUCAUACAAAUAUAAAUGACAUAAAAAAAAGGAACUUACCGCUGAUUCGUGUGCAGUUGCCGGGUCCGUGCUGUGGGAUCUGAUCCUUUUAUGAGGGUAAACGUAGAUGCAAAAUCUCAUUUCUACUCUCCCUCGCUGUGGAAACAGCCACCGCUGCUGAACAAUGGCGGGCGCUCCGGCCGGCUGAGAGAGCUGGUUGUGGGCGUGGUUUCAGCAGCGGAGGAGACCGAGGGCGUGGUUUGCAUUUUGCUUACGUAAAGAAAAUGCACAAAUCCAAACGGCUCACAGAAACCACAUGACACUGGGGGACUCUGUAAGGUGGGGGGGGGCAGACCUUGCAGAUUUUCAUGGGGUAUCAUCUUUUCUGUGUUGGCAGGGUGAGGGGAGACCACUUUAUAUAUGUUAAAACAAGAAAAAACGUGUUUUUCAUAAUAGGUCCCCUUUAAGGGCUGUCCGGUCUCUGUAUGAUCGGAGCAGGAGUUUUGGUUCACAUUGCCGGCAGUAGAUCAGACUUGUUCUCGGUGCAUGUGGGACUCCGGCAGGGCUGCCCUUUGUCACCGGUCCUGUUCAUAAUUUUUAUGGACAGGAUUUCUAGGCGCAGCCAGGGGCUGGAGGGGAUCCGGUUUGGGAACCUCAGGAUUUCAUCUCUGCUUUUUGCAGAUGACGUUGUCCUGUUGGCUUCAUCGGACCGGGACCUUCAGCAUGUGCUGGGGUGGUUUGAGGCCGAGUGCAACGCGGCAGGGAUGAGAAUCAGCACCUCCAAGACCGAGGCCAUAGUUCUCCAUCUGGAAAGGGUGGCGUGCCUUCUCCGGGUGGGUGGAGAAGUCCUGCCUCAGGUGGAGGAGUUCAAGUAUCUCGGGGUCUUGUUCACGAGUGAGGGAACGAUGGAGCGUGAGAUUGACAGACGGAUCGGUGCAGCGUCCGCAGGCAUGCGGUCGAUGUACUCUACCGUCGUGGUGAAGAAGGAGCUGAGUCGAAAGGCGAAGCUCUCGAUUUACCGGUCAAUCUACGCACCUACCCUCACCUAUGGUCAUGAACUUUGGGUAGUGACCGAAAGGACAAGAUUGCGGAUACAAGCGGCCGAGAUGAGUUUCCUCCGCAGGAUGGCUGGACUCUCCCUUAGAGAUAGGGUGAGGAGUUCUGUCACCCGGGAGGAGCUCGGAGUCGAGCCGCUGCUCCUUCUCAUUGAGAGGAGUCAGCUGAGGUGGCUUGGGCAUCUGUACCGGAUGCCUCCUGGACGCCUCCCUAGGGAGGUGUUCCAGGCAUGUCCCACCGGGAGGAGACCCCGGGGAAGACCCAGGACACGCUGGAGAGACUAUGUCUCUCGGCUGGCCUGGGAACGCCUCGGACUCUCCCCGGAAGAGCUGGAGGAAGUGUCUGGGGUGAAGGAAGUCUGGGCAUCCCUAAUGAGACUGCUGCCCCCGCGACCCGGGAAUGGAUAAGUGGCGGAAAAUGGAUGGAAUGGAUGGAUAGAUGGAUGGAAGGUUUUAUUAUAUUUUUAUGAUUUUAUAGUUUUGUGUGAUGAGGUUUGAAAGAUUUAGGGUUCUUGCCCUCUUUUACUGCGUUGUUGUAAAUGCUUACAGUAGUUGUUUUCUUAAGAAUAUUUAAGUUAAAGGUUAAAUUUGUUUUUCUCCAUUUUCUUUCUAAUUUUUAGUUUAUAGACAUUAUAGUGACAGGUCAGUUUGACCUACAUACAGACAAAGAUCAGGCUACACUCACACACACAAAGGAAACCACAUCUGUGUAGCUCUCUGUAGAGUGUAUGAAUGUGGAUAUAGGCAAAUUUAGCUUUUAGUUUCAAGUACUUUGAGUCGUCAUGGAGAAAACCAUAAAAAAGAGUCACAUAAAUACUGUAAAUUCACCACUAGUCGUGAAUAAUAAUCCACAUUUGCAGAUGUAUUAUUGACAGCUGUGCAGUCAUUCACAUUUGUCUUCUGGAUUUAUUGAGAUGGCGUUCGUUAUAAUGGAUUUAAUUUUUAAUAGGUACUCCUUGACAUCGACAGUAAUAUAUUAUUUUUGUCAGUAUUUUGUAUUUGCUGUAACUAUGCAUUUGCACUUGCAAUUUUGAGCACUGACUUUUAUUGAAAUAAACAAUGUUCAUGGCUGAAAUUAAAAUAA